UCUCAGCCAGACAAGCACUGUAUUCCAGUCCAGCUGGAGAGAGGAGCAUCGCAAGGUGCACACAUCGCAGGACAGGACACUGAUUGACUCUACAGCUGGAAAGAAGGACACAAGCCAAAAGGAACAGAACAAGGAAAACAACAGAAAAUAACAGAUUACUUUUGGCAAUGGAAUUACAAAAUAAAUAAUUUCAAGGGACAGAGUGAGUAAAUAAAGGCUGAGAGAGAAAUAGGAGUUUAUCAUCAGACAGACAAGUAAAGAGACAAAGUUAUCUGUGACAGAGGGCUGGUUAGAAGCCCAGGUUCCUCUUUGCUCUGCUGACUGGUCCUCAGUGACAGGGUCUGCUGCCUGCUUGAUCACCACCCCUUUCCACCUUCAGAGAGAGAGAGAGACCACUUGACUGGACCACACAGCCUGGGUCUCCAGCCAGCCAGCAUGCCUACUGCCUGUGCAAGGUGCACCUUGGGAGUCUGAUCCACCAUGUGCAGAUGGAUGCCACCCGUCGCCGGACUCGGUCCUGACCUCGCUGCCAUUGGCACUGCCCAAGCCGGGCUUCCGCCCCUGCCCAGCGCUGCCUCCCUCAGCCUGCUGUGCCUCACCCUGCUCCUGGUGGCUGGCACGGCUCUGGGGGGUUGCCCAGCUGGGGUAGGGCAUGAGCCCCUCCAAGUACUGGCGAGGGGCAUUAACUGCUCAUGGACACUGGAGCGGCACACACGCAGUUACAAUCACCUAGAGGGCGACGUCCGACUACGGCGGCUCUACUCCGCCAACAAGUUCUUUCUCUGUAUCGACAAAACGGGCAAGGUGGACGGCACCAGACGGAAAAACUACGCUGAAAGUCUAAUGGAAAUCCGAUCUGUCAGUGUGGGAGUCGUCGCCAUCAAAUCGGUCAGCACCGGGCUGUACUUAGCAAUGUCCAAAAAAGGCACACUGUUUGGAUCGGUGAAGUACAACCCUAACUGUAAGUUCAAGGAGCGCAUCGAGGAGAACGGCUACAACACGUAUGCCUCCCUGCGCUGGAAACACGGCGGCAGGCAGAUGUUCGUAUCUCUGAACGGCAGGGGGAAGCCCCGGCGAGGUCACAAAGCCCGGAGGAGACACCCCUCCACCCACUUCCUCCCCAUGCUGCCCUCAUAGAGGAACAACUGGACUCAUGCUCUGCUCUGCAGCCAGUCCUUCCUACUAAUGUUGUGGUUACCAAGAUAAUUAGGAAUAAUAUGAUUAUUUGAUGAUCAUUAUUAUAUCCAUCCCUUCUCCCAUAUAUGUACAUUUGUUGGGGUCUUAUAAACUAUUUUGUUUGUUGAGAUCGAAGUGGGGUGCAUAAUACAGUAAGUUUAAGUUAUUCAUCACCCCCCCCCCCCCCACGACGUAAGGUCCAGAAGUAAAGCUGCUAAUAUUGUGUAAAUACAGUAUGUCUAUUAUCAUUAUGAUUGAUUAUCAAGCCGAGAGGAUAAUAUUGAUGACACUCUUCUGUGUCAAGGAGUAAUUUUGACACCACCGUCCGCUGAGAAAGUGUGUAAUUGAAACAUAUCCUCCCUCUAAAGGGUACGAGUAUUGUCUAUAUAUUUCCCAUCCCUUAUUUUCUGCGACUCUACAGGAGACAAUGCUUUCCCUUGAGGGACCUUACGAUAUGCUGUUAAACCAAUGGACUGCCGAUGUAAAAGAGCUGACAAACAGUGAACAGGGCUUUGAUUUAGGUUGUCAAAAAUGGACUUCAUACAGAGGGGACAGAAUUCCAUGUUUACGGAAACGUUUGGACUGAUGUACAUUGAUACCCAUGGAUAUCUGCUGUAAGACAUUGGGUAGUCGUAUGUACGGGAGACGUGUGGUAUACAUGGUCCAAUGGAAUGCUUACUUGCAGGUUCCUUCUCAACAAUGCAUCAACAAUAAGAAAUAGUAAAAAAAUAAGAAUAGGAAGGUAAAGUAAAUGGCUCAGUAGAAUAGAAUAAACAUAGACUAGAAGGCUAUCGGGUCUUCUGGGUUUCUGAAAUGAACUGGUGAGCUCUGCAGAAGUGUGCUUUAGCCUCCUUCUUUCAUCCUAGACCACGAGCUCUCAGGGGUCAAUCUUUCAAAGUGGGAGUCACAACGUUUUCUCUGAUAUGUUAGUUUCAGAAUUCAGUAGAUAAAUGCAUACGGUACUCCCUUUGAAACACGUAGUGCAUUUGAGGUUGUAUCACAGGAGGUUGGUGGCACCUUAAUUGGGGAGGAUGGGCACAUGGUAAUUACUGGAGUGGAAUAGGUGGGUUCCAUGUGUUUGAUACCAUUCCAUGUCUCCUCUCCAGACAUUUUUAUGAGCCGUCCUCCCCUCAGCAACCUCCACUGGGUUGUAUGUACACUUUUUGACAGUGAUAGGACUUAACCCAUUAAUUUUGUAUGUAUGAUAACUGGUUAUUGCAUUAUCUUGUCAUGUCUUGAUAACAUUUUCAAAAACCUGUUGCAAAUAGAACUUUUAAUAUAUUUAAACCUUUUUGUACCGUAUAACAUUUGAAGUUGAUGUUAUUGUCUCCAUUUUGUGUCUAGUCUGAAAUCCUAAUUGUAUUCCAGUCCAUAUUCUAGUCUAUACUGUAUGUUGCUGCAAUAUGGCACCUACUCCCAACAUCUGAAUGGUCAGUAAUGAGGAUCUACAAGAACACAUGUUUCAACUAUUAGUCAGUUAUUAGGUAGUCUGUUAAUUGAAUACUGUCAUCAAAACAACAUUAGUGAGUGUCUUGGUUCGUGUUCAGCUUGAAC